AUUCUCCCCAAAGUCUCUCUCGCGAUCGAACCCUCGCCCUCGCCCUCGCCCCCCCGUCUCGUCUCGUCUCGCCUCCCCACACCCACACACAACCGCCCCCCUCCUCCCCACGCUCCUCAUCUCGCGAUUGGCGAGUUCGAUCGAGGGUUUCCCCGCCCCCGGAUCCAGCCCCGCGGCGCCGGCUCCCCGGAAGGGCUUCGGAUCGCGUGAGGGAGGGCUGCCCGCUCGCCGCUGCUGGUUUCCCCCUCUUCCCCAGCCGCCGCCGCCGCCGCCACGACGAGCACCAGCUGGACCUCUCCGCUGCGCCUCCGCUGGCGUCCGGGUUUAUUCUGAACGCUGGGCAUGAAUCAGCCCACGAAGUUGAAAUCUGAGCAUUAAAUCUGCUUGGUUUCUGAGACUGUGAGGGAGCUGGAUUCCGACAUAAUUUGUUAUUGUACAAGAUGUUUUGGCAUGUACCUGGACUUUCUGCCGCAUCACCAGUGGAUACUAUUUUAGACAAGGAAAAUUUCAAGUUGGAAGACCUUCUUGAUGAGGAUGAAAUAAUCCAGGAGUGCAAAGCACUGAACACCCGCCUAAUUAAUUUUUUGCGAGACAAAGUUCAAGUAGAGUUACUGCUCCGCUACAUUGUGGAGGAGACACCUGAAGAUGCUGAAAAGAAGAGGAUAUUUAGAUUUCCUUUCAUAGCUUGUGAAAUAUUCAUAUGUGAAGUGGAUGUCAUCUUGAAGACAUUAGUGGAGGAUGAAGAUCUUAUGAAUUUACUUUUCUCCUUCCUGAAACCUGACCAUCCUCAUGGGACUUUGUUGGCUGGCUACUUUGGCAAGGUGGUUAUUUGCUUGAUGAUGCGGAAGACGCUCCCACUUAUGAAUUAUGUGAAGAGCCAUCCAGAAAUAGUUAGCCAACUUGUUGAUCUUAUUGGGAUUACUUCCAUCAUGGAGGUGUUGAUUCGCUUAAUCGGCGCUGAUGAAACCAUGUAUUCAAGUUAUUCGGAUUCAAUGCAAUGGUUAGAUGACAUACAAGUCCUUGAGAUGAUUGUUGACAAGUUCAGCUCAUCCGAUUCUGCUGAGGUUCAUGCAAAUGCUGCUGAAAUCCUAUGUGCAGUGACUAGAUAUGCCCCUCCAGCACUUGCUACAAAAAUUUCCAGUCCUAGUUUUGUGGGGAGAUUGUUUCAUCAUGCUUUUGAAGAUUCAAGACCUAAAUCAGUGCUGGUCCACUCACUGUCAGUGUGCAUAUCUUUGUUAGAUCCUAAGAGACUUGUAUCUGCGUCCUACCAAGCUUUCCGUAGUCAGUUAAGUCACGGAACGUUGGUCACUGCAAGUCCAGAAACAGUUAAUGGCAUGCUGGAUAGCCUUGGUGAUUUGUUGAAGCUGCUUGAUGUUUCAUCAGCUGAAAAUAUUCUGCCGACAACGUAUGGCAGCUUACAUCCUCCUCUUGGAAAACAUCGCUUGAAGAUCGUUGAGUUCAUCUCUGUCCUACUGUCGAUUGGUAGUGAAGUUGCUGAAAUGCGUUUGAUCAACCUAGGAGCAAUCAAGCAUGUUAUAGAUCUAUUUUUUGAGUACCCUUUCAAUAAUUUUUUGCACCAUCAUGUGGAGAACAUCAUUGUUUCCUGUUUAGAGAGUAAAGAGGACCAUCUGAUUGGGCAUGUUCUUGAAGAAUGUAAACUUGUUACAAGAAUUUUGGAAGCUGAGAAGAACUCUGCUCUGUCAAUAGAAUUAACUAAGCGUACGCUAUCGUCAGAGGGAAGAACUCCACCAAGGGUUGGUUUUGUUGGUCAUAUUACACGCAUAGCUAACAAGCUCAUUCAGCUAGCCAACAUCAACAGCGCAAUCCACUCACAUUUGCAGCAAAAUUCUGGUUGGGCUGAGUGGCAUGCUAGUACCCUAACAAAGCGUAACACGGUUGAAAAUGUUUACCAAUGGGCUUGUGGCCGACCAACAUCAAUGCAGGAUCGAGGUAGGGACAGCGACGACGAAGACUUCCGAGAUAGGGACUAUGAUGUGGCUGCACUUGCUAGCAAUCUGAGUCAGGCAUUCAAAUAUGGUAUUUACCCUAGUGAAGAUGUUGACGAGGCUCAAGCAUCACAAGAGCGGGAUGAUGAGGAUGUGUAUUUUGAUGAUGAAGCUGCUGAAGUAGUCAUUAACUCUCUUCGUCUUGGUGACGAUCCUGAUAGUGGCUCCCUGUUUACAAACUCCAAUUGGUUUGCGUUUGAUGAGGACAAAGCACUGAACGAUGGCCCAGAAGCUUCCCCUUCAGCAAAUUUGGAGUUGCCUUCACCAAAUGUGGAUGAUGAUGAUAUGGAUGAAGUCAUCCUUGGUGACCCUAUAGAGGACACAAAAGGCUCAGAUUCACUUUUAGCAACCUCUGACGCGGACUUAAGCGAAGGGUCUGGUCAAACAGUACUGUCGAAUGGUCCCGUUGAUAAAUUGGAAAAUGACAUCAGACCAUCAACUCCAGAUGUAACAGAGAGUCCAACUGAGUGUGUUGAAUGGACGGAGGAAGACGCUGAACCUGGUGAGGUAUCAGAGAAUACCACUGUUCUAAGUAGUGAUAUUAGAAGUGAGAAGGUGACGGAUGCUGAACCUCGUGAGGUAUCAGGGAAUACCGCCGUUCUAAGUAGUGAGGUUGGAAGUGAGAAGGUGAUGGAUGCCACUGAUGGCGUUAUGCCUGGUACAGGACAAGUAGGAGCAGAACAAGGAAGUGAGAAUUUUGUUGAAUCCUUGGCUCCUGAUACCACAAUAGAAAAGACAUUACCACAUUCGCCGGAUGUCAAUUCAACUGGCCAUUCUGAACCAGCUGCCAAUCUGGAAUCUCCCCUAGGUGAAGAGAAGCAGGAAAAGGAGGAAAGUCGGGAGAAAUAAAGUGGAUCCGGGGGUGUAGCCGUAUAUCACAGUUUUGUUCACCAUAGUGCACGAUGCCCGGAUGGUUUGUGAUCUCAUGGACGUGCAGUGCAGGUGGUUGGGGAACCGGCGAGACCAUUCUUGUCUAAAUAGCUCAGGGGCUGAUGUAUUGAUUGCUGUACAAUUUGCAUUAGAUGGCCCUGCCUUGCGCCCAAGAUGCAAAAGUGGUCGCUUCAUGGGUCUAGUCGAGCUGCUCAAGCUCGUCUUACCUCAGAAUUUUUUGGAGGUCUGUUGUUUUGGUGUCACUGUACUCGGUCUGUUGGCAGCAUAUGACGCAGCAUGUUGAUAAAGUAGACGUCUCUUCUUCCUGCAAUCAUGGAGCCGAGUUCUACUGUGUCGUGUCCGGUAAAUAACUGAUUAUUGGUGAUAUCCGGUUCUGGUACUUGUUCAUUAUUCCCCUAGGUGGUGCUAUUAUUAGUAGUACUGAAAUUUUGACUGGAAUUAAGACAGCAGAUUAUUAUUCUCGUAUGCACAAUAUGUAAUACUAUGAAUACCGUUCUUGUUUUUCCAAGUGCUCUUUUA